GGCUUAAGAGCCAGUCCGACGAAAACGUCGCCGGCAGUCGCCGACAACGACGCUCUUCCGUCGAUACCGACUUAUCUGUGCCGGUCCCGUCCUGGUCGAUAUUUCCAGUCCGUCUUCGUUCGUCGCCAGUCGUGCGGAAGACUGGUCUUUUUCUUCACGCGUUACAUCGUACAUACUCGGAGAAAAUCUCCCGUAGGGUGUGACUCUUACGACGAGAAGAUCCUCCCUGCGAGAUACGAUUUCGGACUUGGAGAUUUCCGACGAAGAUCCCUUGUAGGUGUCUGUGAACCCUUCGAUCGGCGAUGACGAUCCCGGUGACGGAGACCGCGCUGGACCUGGAGAAAACGGCGAUGGCGCGCUGCGCCCGACGCAGCCCCUUCCGCAGCUGGCCCGCCUGGCUCUACUUCGGCGUGUUCCUCGUGAGCUUCGGCGUCUUCUAUAUCUUCUGGUGCACCAAUAACUUGCACGACUACGUGCAGUCGCAGCUACUGCUGCGCAACGGCACCGAAGCUAUGUUCAUGUGGCAGCAUCCGCCGGUCGACGUGAAAACCAAGAUCUACGUGUUCAAUUACACGAACGUGGAUGACUUCCUGCAUUACCGGGCGGACAAGCUACACGUCGAGGAGGUCGGCCCGUACAUUUACCUGCAAAAGAAGAAACGCGUGAACGUGACGGCGGGCAAGAACAACGACACGUUGGUUUUUCAAGAGGAGAAGUUCUACGAGUGGGUAGGCGGCAGAUCGGAGGACGACGUUAUCGUAGCACCGAAUGUGCCGCUCCUGUCGUCCGUAGCGUUUGUCCAGGAUUGGAAUUUUGCGGCGCACGUCGGUCUCACUAUGAUGUCGACGUCCCUCAAAAAACGGCCAUUUAUCCAUGAGAGGGCCGGCGGCUUCAUCUGGGGAUACGAUGACAAUUUCUUCAACAUGGUGAAGCCGUUCGUCCAGCAAAUCACGUCGGUCGAGAAAUUUGGGAUAUUGGCCAUGACAAAUGGUACCGACAAAAGUCGCAUCACGAUAAACACGGGAACGCGAGACAUCACGAAGCUCGGCAUGAUUGAGCAACUAGACGGGAUGAGCAGCUCCUACAUUUGGGGUGAUAAACGAUGCGAUAAGAUCGAAGGCACCGACGGCACCAUUUUCCCGCCCAAUUUAUUAGAGAAUAACGACACCGUAUAUAUAUAUUUUAAAGAUAUGUGCAGGACCGUACCCUUCAAAUUUGACGGACAUGUAACCAAGCACAGCGUACCUACUUUGAGGUAUAAACCGUCACGGGAUAUGUUCGCGUAUACGCAUGAGAAGAAUAAGUGCUUCUGCCGACAAAAAGGUUUCUCGAGAGUAUGCCCACAUAAUGGGACUUUCGAUUUAUCUGCGUGUAUCAAGUUGCCUAUGGUAGCGUCAUUCCCACACUUUUUGGAUGCUGACCAAUCCUUGACAAAAUACAUAGACGGUUUGCAUCCUCGAGAGGAAGACCACGUAACCUUCCUAGAUGUGUAUCCGAAUAUCGCAGCUCCCAUCGCCGGUUGGACGAGGUUUCAAGUCAACGUGAAGGUGCGAAAAGUGCGGACGGUGCCGCUCCUCGGGAGGCUCCCAGACGGCCUAAUCCUCCCUAUCCUCUGGUUGGAAACCGGAAUAGACGAGGCCGACCUACCGCAGAAUAUAAUGUCUCUACUUUACAUGUUGAACGUCACCUUACGCAUUGUAGAGGUGGUCUUGCAGUGGAGUAGCUUAGUAGGUAUGAUCCUCUCCAUGGGCGCGCUGCUCGUUUGCUUCAAGAAGCAUCGUAUGGAACAUCCAGACGUGGGCCUCCAAAUGAGCUCGGUGGACCAGAACAAGCUACUCGAAAUGUCCUAAAUCGCGACAACGACCGGAACGAAGGAAGCAUAGAAGGACCGGGCGAACGGAGACCGCUCGUUCCAGCAAUAUGCGUGUAAGGUUACAAAUCUAUCGCCGAUAUUCUCUGUAGCAACACUUGCUGAAAAAAUGGUUCUCCUAUCCGUAAUUCCUUCCUUCAUGCGAUUAUAGAGUUAUAGAUACCAGAACUUUCGGUGUCUUCUCAGAGCGUGAUUGAGCUUGAAUUAUUUCACUAAAAAUGGGUAGGAAAACGCUGACGGAAGGAGAACGCUGACGAUUUGAUUAUCAGCCAGGCUGAUACUCGACGUCAAUCAUGACAGCGAUAACGAAGAGGAUUUUUCUUUUUUUUUCUUCCUUUUCACUCGCACGGCCCGUUGGUAGAAUAAUCUUCAAGUUAACUCGCGACGAGCCGAAAGUGGAAAUCGGACAUCGAAGAGCCCAUCCGUGUGGGAAACGUCGAUUGAUCAGUGCGAAGUGCACUACGGGGAGAAGGGAGAAAAUAUAUGCAUAUCAUAACGUUGACGUACUGCGUUGUAGUCGGGCGAACCAAAGAUACACAGAGAGAGAGAGAGAGAGAGACAUGCAUACAAACAUACACCUGUAACGUUAGUUGAGACUUGUCUUACCUGAGAUACAUAAAAUUAAAUCUUUUGUAUCAAAUUAUAAGUAUCAAAAAGCGACAUUACAUAUCCCUGAUAGUUUGCUUCAGUCGCAGCCGAUAGCCCUUAAUGUGGCACUUGAGGGACAGAACUUAACUUCUAGAAAUUAACCCACAGAAUUCAAUGAAUCAACUGACAAUAACAUUACGUCAACGUUGCAGUUUCCCACUUGAUAAUGUAAGCGCGAUAUCAUGCUUGUUAUACGAAACGCUGUUAUGGUCGUUGAGUGGAAAAUUGUAACACUGAUGUAAUGUUACUGUUAGUUGGUGUCCACCCCGGGAAACAACAAGUUCUCUCAUCGAUAGUCGUUGUCUUGUCUCACGUGAGAUGUCCGGCAAUUCAGAAGUUAGAUCUGAGUUUUUCAAUUGAAAGUUUAUACGAUAUAUACGUAUAUCUGAAAUAUUAUGUUUGUAAUCAUUUGAAAAACUCACGUCUAACGUUGGAAUUCAAAUCCUCGGGGGAUUGACGUCACUCGAAAUAAGUUUCAAGUAACAGAUAUUAAUACGGGUCUUAGAUGUGAGCUUACAAUUCGGAGACCCGAGUUUCUCACUUGAAUCAUAACGUGAUACACGUGGCGUUGUAUUGUCAAUCGCGGUUCCACUGAGAAACUCGCAACUCCUAACUCUGAACUCGAAUUCGCAUAUCUCAUUUGAGACGAGUUGUAAGUAACGAUUAUUAACACGGACCACCCACGUACACACGACACGCAUACACACACACGCCUUGAGCAACGUGGCCAAGCUGUGAUUGAGACUUUAGCGUACGUCGAAUAAUGUGCAGUUACGUUGAUGGCCGCGAUCCGCCCCGCAAUGUAGCGUUUUACACUCGUCAUCGUUAUUACCGAACGCGCCGGUAUGUAAUGUAGACGAUCGUGAACUUAAUCGCGAUGACGCUUCACGAUGUGCGGGCGUCAAUCGAUCGAUCGAGCAACGUGCUCAUUAAAUUCGACUUAGGCGAGAGCCUCGACCUCUCUUAGGGUGCUAAAUCUUAGUAGUAGUUAAACUUAUUGGUAGUCUUUAAGUUUUUUUUUCACUGGGCUCUUGUAACUGUCGUAACUCUCGAAACAAUUGUACUCGUGAUAUUUAACCGCUCAAGCAUGUUUGUGUACUUCUUUUUUUUUAAUAAAAAAAUCUCAAGAUUA